CUGGAGCAUGUGUUUCAUGCUGUUUAUUCUUAUUCUAAUUUUAAUGGGAAAACUGUUUAUGUCGACCCUAUCAUUCGAUUCUUCUUCACUUAUAUAAGUUUGGUCCCUCACCAAGGCAACCAACCACACAAGUUGAAUUAGGGCUUUUAUACACAUUUUCUAUAGCUAUGUCUAGUGCAAGUGAAGGAGACAAAACUCUGCUUUCCAUCUGUUAUAGGCGUGGCUCACUUCAGUUACUUGAUCAAAGAAAACUCCCCCUAGAGACCCUUUAUUUGGAUAUCCGCGAUACAAAGGAUGGCUGGGAUGCAAUUAAGGAAAUGGUUGUCCGUGGAGCACCUGCAAUUGCUAUAGCUGCUGCACUGUCUUUGGCAGUAGAAGUUUCAAACUUAGCUUCGUUUGAUGGGACUUCUGAUGAUGCAUCAGUUUUCCUAAGUAAAAAGUUGGAUUUUCUUGUUUCAAGUCGUCCAACAGCUGUUAAUCUUUCAGAUGCUGCAGUAAAGCUUAAAGAAGUUAUAAGGAAGGCUGCUGCCACAGCCAAAGAAGCCAAUUCAGUUUUUCAGGCUUACAUUGAAGCUGCUGAAGUUAUGCUGGAGGAUGAUGUUACUUCCAAUAAGGCAAUUGGUUCAUAUGGAGCUAGUUUUAUUAAGAAUUACCUGACAGACUCUCAGAAUAUAACAAUUUUGACCCAUUGCAACACAGGAAGUCUUGCCACAGCUGGAUAUGGAACUGCUCUUGGUGUUAUCCGGGCACUUUAUGCUGACGGAGCUUUAGAAAGGGCAUACUGCACAGAAACACGUCCAUUCAACCAGGGAUCCAGAUUGACUGCAUUUGAAUUGGUUCAUGAAAACAUCCCAGCUACCCUUAUAGCUGAUUCAGCUGCAGCUGCAUUGAUGAAUGCUGGUCGCGUGAAAGCUGUCAUUGUUGGAGCUGAUCGUGUAGCUGCAAAUGGUGAUACUGCCAAUAAGAUCGGAACUUACAACCUUGCUGUUUCUGCCAUGCAUCAUGAUAUACCAUUUUACGUUGCAGCUCCUUUGACUUCUGUUGAUCUAUCCCUUUCUUCCGGACAAGAAAUUGUGAUAGAAGAAAGAUCUCCAAAGGAACUGUUACAUACACGAGGAGGACUAGGUGAACAAGUUGCUGCCUCUGGUAUUUCGGUUUGGAACCCUGCAUUUGAUGUCACCCCAGCUAAGUUGAUUAGUGGAAUCAUCACUGAAAAGGGUGUCAUCACGAAGAAUGGGACGGACACAUUUGAUAUUGCUGGGUUUGUGCGCAAGACAUCAGGAAAUUCGUGAUGCUGGUUUUCUUAAAAUGUUUGUUUAGUUGAUAUUUCUUAAACUUUGAUAAAACCUUCCAUCUUACAGUGAGCAAUAAGUACUCGCAAGGCAACAUCUAUUUCACUCCAAUAAUGUUAAUGUAUUGUGGUCCUAUAUGAGCAUGGAAAAAUUGUAUUAUUAUGAAGUAACAGUAAUAUGUACACUAAUGGAGCCUUCUUAGUGAAAUAAACCCAAUCUCCCCAUUGGCAUCGGUAUAAAUGAAAACGAUUGGCAAUUUCAAUAUUA